AUGGAAUGCGAUACAUUCUACGAUGCGAGCCCUCCCUACGGCGGUGAUGGCGACCGGUGCAGCAUUGCCGAGAUUGCGGCCAGGACAGCCACGCAGUUCAGCAUCUUCAACAUGUCCACGACUCUCUGCGGAAUAUUGAAUCUCUUCGUGGCCAGAUGGCAGGUCCAGAGGUUCGGUCCACGAGCUGCUCUCGUGGCCCAGAUCUUUGUCCCCGCCAUCCGCGUAGCCGCCCAGAUCCCUGGUGUCCUGACAGGGAAGAGAACCGGGAUUGCAAUACUCCAGGCCAGCCAGGUCAUCACAAUAUUUGGGGGGCCUGCGGGAUACUUUUUUGUCAUCAACAUCAUCGCCGGAGGUGUUGUCGAGCCCGCACGACGAACCGCCAUUUUCGGGAAGCUCCAAGGAUGCAUCAUGCUGGGGGAAGGGAUUGGGUUCUUAGCGGGUGGAAUGGCUGGCAACGCCUUCGACAUCAGGGCGCCGUUCAUAAUCGCCUUCACCUCGUUCUUGCUCGCCGGCGUAUACGCAAGAGCCGCCAUCCCGUACAUGGCCCCAGACUCGGUGCCGGUCGAGAGCAGGCCGAGCCAAGGGGGCGUAUCUACCAUCUUCGCACCCUUGAAGAUCGUUCUGCCGCAGCGGCUGCGACUCGUCGAUGGCAGAGUGACGAAACACUACGGGGUCAUGUUCCUCUGCGGCGGUUUCUUUCUCGGAGUGCUCGCCACCGGCUACGCGCCCUCCCUUAUUCAGAUGUAUGCCGCGGCGGACUUUGACUUCAACCAGGCCGACAAUGGCUGGCUAACGUCCGAGUUCGCUUUCAUGAGGGGCUUGGUUCUCAUAUUCAUCUUCCCACGCAUCGUAACGUGGGGGAGGAGAUGGUUUUCGUCUGCUACGCCGACUCCGGAGCGAUUUGAUGAAUCUGGCGAGGCUUCCGCGGCAUUACUGCCGAGCUCUCCUGGGCGGUGGGAUGCAGAUGCAGAGGGGUGGGCACGCGAGGAGCUUGUACGCCUCGAUACCUGUGAUCAAGGACGUCGUAGCCGCCUUUUCGACCUCGUGUUCCUGCGAUGGAGUCUUGUCGUCGACGGGGCUCUUACGACGAUGGCGGCGUUUAGCACACGCCGGUGGCAUGUGUAUCUGGCUGCCUUGGUCCUGCCCUUUGGAUCUGGGUCCGCACCUACAGCCAAGGGCAUCAUUUCGGACAUGUGCAGCGAGUCUCAGCGGGAUGAUGCCCUCCAUACAAUCACGUUGGUGGAACAGGUGGCAAAGCUUGCGGCCCAGGGCCUGUUCGGUUUCGUGUUUGCCAGCCUGGCGGAAGAGCGCAAGGCCUACGGCACAUUCUUCUGCAAUGCGGCUGUUGCUGUGACGGCCAUGGCCGUACUGCUAUUGUCAAGCUUCCCGCCAGCCAACAGUACUUUGAUCGACGAGACGGCGUACGGCGAGGACCUCGCUGUUUCGGAAAUAAGAACAUGGCGCGCCAAGACGAGCGUGCAAGAAGCAGACAGAUAG